CCUAUGGUUCCAACGGGCUAACGAGCCGAGUUUCAUUCCAUCGCGAAGGAACUUUUUCACUUUACCGAUCUCCGGUUAAGUCGUCGGGUUUCCAUGGUGUGAUGUUAAACCUGGAAGAAAGUCCAACAGGUUGCUGAAUUAUAUUAGUGUUUACAUAUUCAUUUCAAGAUGAAAUUUCGUCGUAGCAGAUGUUGGUACUUUUUACUUGCAUCUCUAUUAUCAAUUUUAAACAAGAGUGACUCAAUGUCUCCUCAAAUUGUACGUGCUGAAAGUAAACAGGAUGAGGUAGAAAAAUUAAUGCAGGCCUACUUCGAAAUAGAUGAAAAUAAUGAAAGAAAGGGUAGUAGUGCCAACCAACGUUUCGAAGAUCUUCUAAGGAAACUAGGAGAAGAAAAUCUCGUGGCACAAGAUAAGGCCCCAGCUGACAUUUCUCCAGCCAUCUAUAACAAUGAAUUUAAGUCCUCAGAAAAUAAGAUGGCUGCUGUAAGGGGAGGCGAAAAGGUUAGCACUAGCACCAGUGGAUCCAGCAUUCACAAAAUGAAAGCUCUCCCACCAAAUGAGAUACCUGAUCUUGAAAAUGAUGAGCAACCUGCAGCGACACCUUCUACCACAACCACAUCUACUACUACUACUGAACCUCCAUCACCACCAUCGCCACCACCAUCUGUAAGACCAAAGGCUCAUGCAAACAAGUUUGCAAGAGGAACUGAUGCUCCUGUAAACCAUCAGUCACAUCCUACAAAAGCAGCCGCAGUAAUAAGAACUGAUGUACUUAGCCAAGAAGAAUUGAAUUCUUUCUUCUUCAACAGUGGUAGAGGGAGUAGUAUCCUGAUUCCUGGUUGUAAUCUUGUUCAUUUUCAUAUUAAGUCAAGGUGCUCUGGGAAUCUGCUGGAAUUAUCUUUGCUUUCCCGUUCGCCUUUAAGGGGUCAAGUAAGAAUCUUGGAAGGUGAUGGCGAGGUUCUUAUGGAGGGUACGAAUUUGGUGGCAUAUGGAAUCCUUGGUCCUUUGGCACCCACUGGUAAUAUGUGGAAAUUGACAAAAGAUGUGCUUAAGAAGGAUCUUCAGAAAGAUUGUUAUAUCUGUGAUAACAUGAGCAUGCGUGUAGUUAUUGAGGCUGAAGAGGCCACAUGCGGCAUGGUAGUAACCUGCCAGCAGAAAGGAUCUUCCAGAAUUGUAAAUGUUGAAGACAAGCUUGUAGAUCUAGAUGAUGAAAUACCUCCUCAACGAUCACCACGACCUGAAGUCGCAUUACCACCCGCUCCUCCAGCUCCUAAGUCUGGUCCAAGUUCUCAUCAGGGAGGUGACCCCCCUAUUCAAGAUCCAGGAAACACAGCUAAAACGACAAUGACACUUGUUUAUAGUCCUGAUAAUGUCAACAUUGAAGAGAUGGCCGGAAUGCCAGUGACUGGUAGGGUAUCAAUUGGUACAAGGAUGAACUUGAUAUUAAGCGUUUACUCAAAAGACGUUGCCCUUGACCUACAUGUAGUCAGGUGUCAGGCCAAAAGUGAUGACGGUCAAGGAGUUUACAUAGUGAAGGAUGGAUGCAGUAUUUCUAGUGUCAUUGGUGAGUUCCGGGAAACCCUUAGUAUUGUCCAGGAGACAUCCUUUGGAAGUCACACCGUCAGAAAAGUCUCUCAGCAUGCUGAAGUAAGGGCAUUCAACUUCAGGAGAUCUCCUCAAAAUAUUACAUUGAUUUGUACAAUAAAGAUGUGUGGUGGAGAGUGCACUGAGAGACCCACAUGUGUAGAUUCUGAAAUAAAUCUUAGCAGAAGCACCAGACCACCUGUGCCUAUCUUUACGCAAGAAGUGACUCUUGGGAAAGUUUUCCAUGUUGGUGGAUUCCCCCUCGACCCCUCACCAGAGAUCUCCAACCUAAUGCUUGACACAAACCCCAACAGAGGUGAUCCAAUACCUGGGAAUUGUCCUGAUGGUUGCGUUGCUUUCCGAACUGUUAUCAUUGUGCUCUGCUUCAUAACUGGUGUCUACUUGUUUAUUACUGUGGUGGCAGUUUAUUACAUCCGUAAGACUGCCUCCAAAGAUAUGAAGGGUUAUCGUGUGGAUGACUUUGAAUCGCCUCCAAGGGCAUACUAUCCUGAAUACAGCUCUCCCCGCAGACGCACGCCACAAACUUCACCAGAACAUACUUCUUUCUCCAUCAGCUCAGAGGAAAAGAACAGUCCCAGUUAUGGAAGAAAAGUAAAAGAAUGAAGGCUUUUCAAUUUUUUUUUUCUUUUGGCUAUGUUAAUUUUGGCUUUGUUAAGCAGUCUUCCUUAAGACAUUUUCUGUAAAUAAAUUUUGGCUUUGUUAAGCAGUCUUCCAUAAGACAUUUUCUGUAAAUAAAUUUUGAGAGUAAAUAAAGUUCUAUUUAAUAAU